UGGCGCGCCCGUGGCCCAUGGCCGUGAUUGCCACCACCUCCCUGUUCUCCUCGAGCCUUAACCCAGGUCUCCAUCUCUUCCCCCCUCCUCCAUCCUAUCCGCCGCCGAUCGCCGCCGUACCGUCGUCAGCUUGCCACUGUAGCCAUUGUUUCCUCGACGUUACGGUCCUUGCGUGGCUUGAAGCCUCGGAGGUCUCCUUCAAUCUCUCUCCCUCUUUCGAUUUCUACCCAUCCACAAGUUCCGCGGCUGUAGUAGUUUUGAACCAACUGACUUGUGAAGGAAUGAAGCAUGUUCUAAAGAUAAUGGCGUUGCUGGUGGCUAUCUCUGCAUUUUGGAUAGGCCUGUUGGAAACAUCAGUGGUCCGACGAAGCUAUACUUGGGUGCUUCCAAUCUACUUAAUUGUUUCGCUAGGAUGCUAUGGUCUUCUCAUGGUUGGAAUUGGCUUGAUGCUCUUUCCAACAUGUCCUCAAGAAGCUGUACUACUGCAAAAGGAUAUUGCAGAGGCUCGGGAAUUCUUGAAGAAUAAGGGGAUUGAUGUAGGUUCCUGUUAAGAUUUUUGAGAAAAGCGUGGUCUUUGGUUAAAGUUGAUCAGACACAUUAUGUAUGAACUCUUCCAAGAAUAUAGAUAAGAUGAAUCAGUGUCUCCUAGACGGGCAUUUUUCUCCCCUUCUCUGUUCACUAUGUAUACAUUUGGCAAUUGGGUUUCAAUUGUAAAUGAUUUUUCAUUAUCUUUAUAAACAUUUUUCCAAAUUUUUGGUGCAUAAACAGUUUGAAGGUAAUAGAUUACAUGCAACAGUUUGGAUUAUUGAUG